UGCCCAUUUUAGGGUUUGAAUUCCUCGCCCAUUUCGCAGUCUCAUGCUUUAACCUUGUGCUUCCGGAACCCCGUAAUUUUGCACAAGUCGUCACGCGAUCAUCGUCCACGACCUGAUUUCGUUGUCGAACACAGCCGGCGGAGUCGGAUUUAGCUGGCUUGGGUUGAAUCUUCGCACCCUUUUCUUGGCAACUUAAACCGAACAGACACGGCCUCAGGAGUCGGGAUUCUUCAUAAAUAGGGGUUGAGUGCUCUCACUCUCUCCUUGUUUCAAUUGCUUCUCUUCAGGUCGCCUUAGAUUUGUUGCAGCUCCUCUUUCUUGCUGCUGCUGCUGCGUUUGGAGCGUUUUACUGUUCUUGUUUGCACUUGUGAUUUGGGGGUUUUGUCUUUUCUUUUCUUAUUGAAUAUCCCAGUGAGCUUCUUGGUGGAAAACUCAUUGUCCUUGCAGUUUGGGUUGGAGAUCGUGGUGGCCUGCGUAUUAUUCUGCUUCGUAGAGUUGUGACCCUCUUGGACAAGUCCGCUGAUAGUGGUAUUGUGCUUCUGACCGGUGGGGGAGGAAGUAUGGGGGGCAGCCAGGAGAAGCUUUUAAAUCAGAUUUUUCAACUGAAAUUCACCGCUAAGACCUUGGUUCGGCAAGCGAAAAAAUGUGAGUCAGAGGAGAAGGCGGAGAAGCUCAAAGUAAAGAAGGCAAUUGAGAAGGGCAACAUGGAUGGCGCACGAAUUUAUGCGCAGAAUGCAAUCCGGAAACACAACGAGCAGCUCAACUACUUGCGGCUUGCCUCUCGACUUGAUGCAGUCGUUUCACGGCUUGGUACUCAAAGCAAAAUGCAGACAAUAACCAAGUCUAUGGGUUCAAUCGUUAAGGCACUCGAUAGUGCACUUGCAGUUGGAAACAUGGAAAAAAUCUCUCAAACCAUGGAUCAAUUCGAAAAGACUUUUGUGAAUAUGGAAGUACAAUCCGAGUUCGUGGAAUCAGCCAUGGCUGGCAGCACCAGUCUCUCUACACCUGAAGAUGAGGUGAAUUCACUUAUGCACCAAGUCGCUGAUGAUUACGGUUUGGAGGUAUCUGUGGGUCUUCCGCAAGCAGCUUCUCACAUGCCUUUGGGCGAUGCGGAAUCAACUGUAUCUGAAGAUGAUUUGAGCCGCAGAUUAGCCGAGCUUAAAAACAGGAGUUGACCCGAAAAAUGACAAACGUUUCUAGUGCAAUAGGUAACUCGUAUUGAAGUCUCAUAUCAUUACGACUAGCCUCUAAUGAAAUUGUGCAUCAAAGCCACUCAUGCGUGAUGUACUCGACGGAGGCUCGAAUUGCAAAUUGUUGAUAUUUGUAUAUUAGUGGGAACUCUGGUCAGAGCUAUUGACUUAACGUAAUUAAAAAAAUGCAACAACACUUGCCACAUUUGGCUUGUUUGGGUGUGGGGACUAUUGUAUUUCA